AUGCAGGACCCAAACAAACCCCCGAGAUUAGAACCUCUGGACAUGGAGGACCCUCCCAUGGACCGUAAUGUUCCGCCAGAAUCAGGGACCGUGCUCGAUGACAAUGACAUGCAGCGUAUGGGCAAAAUCCAAGAGCUUAAGAGAAAUUUGCGGCCGGUAGCUGCAUUAAGUUUUUCUUCCGUCCUACAAGCUGCCUGGGAAUUUAUUUUAAUCUCGAACUCUCAAGGCUUGCAGAAUGGCGGCCUGGCUGGGAUGUUCUGGUCAUAUGUCUGGACAUUUGUUGGAUUUGGGUUCAUCAUCACCUCGCUCUCUGAAAUGGCGUCCAUGGCCCCAACCUCGGGUGGACAAUAUCACUGGGUGUCUGAAUUUUCCGCGCCUCGAUACCAACGGUUCCUGAGUUAUAUUACAGGUUGGAUGUCGGUAUUGUCAUGGCAGGCUGGCUCUGCCUCGGGAUCCUUCCUGACUGGAACUAUCAUUCAAGGAUUGAUCAGUAUCCGGAACCCGAAUUACAACCCGGAAGCCUGGCAAGGCACUCUGUUUGUCUUUGCCAUGGUUCUGGUGAUCUACAUUUUCAACGUCUAUGCAGCGGAUCUGAUGCCAAUCCUCAACAAUCUUUUGAUGGUUCUCCACAUGGUUUCUUGGGCAGUGAUCGUUAUUGUCCUGUGGGCCAUGGCUCCUCAUCAGCCUGCGAGGGCUGUCUUUGCCCAGUGGACAAACCUCGGAGGUUGGCACAGCAUGGGAUUGAGUGUGAUGGUUGGGCAAAUCUCUGCUAUCUACGGCUCCAUGAGUUCUGACGCAACGGCACACAUGUCGGAGGAGGUCAAAGAUGCAGGCCGAAAUGUGCCCAUGGCGAUUGCCUGGGGAUUCUUCAGCAAUGGCAUUAUGGCCAUCAUCCUACUGAUUGCCUACCUUUUCUCCAUCCCCUCGCUGGAAGACGCCCUCGAUGAUACCACCGGCUUCCCAUUCCUCUAUGUCUUUAAGAACACAACGUCCACCGCCGGCAUUAAUGGACUGACAGCAAUCAUCUUGCUGCCGGUGAUAUUCAGCAACAUCAUGUUCAACGCCUCGACCUCUCGCCAAACGUUUGCCUUUGCCCGGGACAAAGGACUUCCCUUUGCCAGUUGGAUUUCCAAGGUGGAUCCAAAGCGCAAGAUCCCCGUGAACGCCAUUGCCUUGUCCUCGAUCAUCAGCUGUCUGCUCUCUCUCAUCAACAUCGGCUCCUCAGCCGCAUUCAACGCCAUUAUCUCCUUGAAUGUCGCAGCCUCGAUGUACACCUACAUCAUCUCCAUCAGCUGCGUUAUCUACCGGAAGAUCUGGUAUCCUGACACCCUCCCGCCCCGUCGGUGGGAUAUGGGGAGAGUGGGACUGCCCGUCAACGUCAUCGGGCUGCUGUAUUGCUGUUUCGCGCUCUUCUGGUCGCUGUGGCCAAGUGAGCUGCCAGUGACCCUGGAUAACUUCAACUGGAGCGUGGUGAUUUUUGUGGGGAUCUUUGUCGUUAGUUUGGUUAUGUAUGUGGUCAAGGGACGGACAGAGUAUGUUGGACCGGCGGCAAGUGUCCAGAAGACGGGGGACUAG